AACGGUCUAGAAAUAUCUCGGUUUUUUUCUUGAUUCUCUUAUCCAAGUCACAUUACCAACAUUCGUUCGAUCAACAGAUGUCACUGCUUCACCGAGGUGAUCUCUUGCGCAUGAUUCACAAAAGGUGGUAAAGUAGCGAAAACCGUAAAACCGUGAGUUGGUAUUUGUGUUAAAAUAUCGUGCAAUGCAAUGUUGGACGUAAAAAAGUAUAAACUUAAAGACGAAUCGUGUGUGCUUUGUAGAAACUGUUUUCAGUUUUAGACGAAUAUUUAACCGUGACGGAAGUACACGUUUCGUUGACUCCGCGGGAACGUGCAGAAAAUAAUAAAAAUACAAAAAAAAAUAUUAUUUUUUUUGUAAAAAUAUUAUUUCUGUUUUCAAAUAAUAAAAAAAAACCAAAACUGAGAGAGAAACAAGUUCUUGUCUAUAUGGUCAUAAUGUUGACUCUUACAUGAAGAAAGAAAAAAAUAAUUUUUAAUCAUGUUUGUGGUACAUGAUGAAUUAAAAGUAAUAUUUUGUUUGAUGGUUUACGAUAAUUAAAGGAGAAAAAAAAUGAGAUCUCACAAAAUGGAAUUGUGGCUUUUGGAUAGAUUGUGAUAGCAAAGUGAAAAUAUAUUUAACACAACAAAAAAUUGAAGAAGAAGAACAAUAACAACAACAACAUCAAAACGGGAAAUGUAUACAUCUCUCUGUUGUUAGUAUGUUCGGUUUAAACAUUGAAAAUUGAAAGACAGUUCUUCACUUUUCCCUUUGAUUUGUUGUUGAUUUUUCCGGAGAACUUUUUUUUGUAAAAAAAAAAAUUGUACAAAAAAAACAUGAAAAUUUUUCAUCAUCAAAACUACUGAAAUCGGAAGAAAGUGUGAAGCACAGGAAGAACUAAAAUUAGAUAAAAGCUGCCUACAGUGGAACGAAGCAACAACGGAGUGUGUGUGAGUGUUAGAGAGAAUGUGUAUGCGAGAGUGAGAAGUAAUAUGCAUAAAAAGUGGAAAAUAUAUUUUUAAAUAAAUUCAAAUUUUAAAUGUAAAAAAUCAAUUAUAUAUUACGGCUACGUUACGUGAAUAAUGUGUAUAUAAUUCACCUAAAAAAAUACUCGCAAGCAAAAUAAUUUUUUUAUAAUUUUGAGUGUAUGUUAUGUCUAUCGGUGUUUAUGUGUUCUAGUGAUUAAAUGAAGAAAAAUAUCGACAAAGGAUUAUUCAAAAUUAUGGUUAAGAAUAAGUAAAGUGCUAAAUGAAUUCUGUAAAACAAUUCAACGGCAUAAAUUUUCGUGAAAGAAGCCAAUAAGCAAAAUUAUUUAUAAAAGAAGAAAUUUUCGGUUCCACUUUCAUUCAUGUUGUGGUGAUGUUAGUUUUAUCUGAAUAUGCAUUUGAUUACGUUUGGGGUGAUAUUCAUCCUGGUUCAACCAUCAACAAGAUACAGGAUCGACUAUCUGGACUCUGCGUCAGAUUCAUACAGUUAUGGUGUUUUUGGAACUCCUUUACCCCAAGAUCCGUCCACCAUCAUAAAUCCAUUCAUCCGACAUUGGGAGCCAGCCCGAUACGAUCGAGAUCAUCUGGAUCGCUCUCGACGGAUUCACGAGAAUUUUCGUCGCAGAAAACGAGAUACGAAUACACCAUCGAACGAUUACGGUGUGGCACACACGGUUCGACUGAAAUUUUACGCUCAUGAUAAACAAUUUAACGUUGUACUUAAAGAGGAUCCCGCCUCCGUAUUUUCACCGGAAGUUGAAAUUGAAAAUACGCUCGGACCAGUUGUUUACGAUGUAUCACGUGUUUACACAGGCACCUUAGAAGACGAUGAAAGCGCUUUGGUUCACGGCAUCCUCACAGCAGACAAUCUCUUUGACGGUACCAUAACAACGAAUUUGGAACAUUACUACAUUGAGCCGGCAAGUAAAUACUCAAAGGAUUUACAUGGGAGCGGUGUACAUUCAAUUGUGUAUAAAGCAAGUGAUGUCGAUCAGCCGGUGAUGCAUCGUAAUGGCAGAGAAAAUCGAAAGAAACAUAUCGAUGUGGCCGACGAAUUCGUUCAUCAUUGUGCCAGUGAACGGUUAAAUCGAAAUUUAAAAGUCGUAAUGGAAAAGGAACAGAAACCAGUAGAUAAGAGUAGUGAAUUGAGUGGAAAGGGAGACGACAGGACGAUAAGAAAACGUCGAUUUCUUCCAGAUGAGCUCACUGAGACACAAAAUCCACCGUUACCACUGGAUCUAGACGUGCCGUAUAACGACGAUUUCAAUGUUUACAGUCCGAAGCACGACGACGAUUCAAACGGUGACGACAUGACAUUUCCAAAUUCCAAAAAUCAUCUGAAUCGAAAGAACAUUCUAAUCAAUGACUUCAAUCCGAAUACCGAUUUCAAUACGCGUGACACGCAUCGCAAUCGUAACAUCAUCAUAAACAAUUUCGACACCACAAACAGUUCGCGCCCCAGCCAUAAAACGCAUGUGGAAAUAAUAACAAAAAAUGGGGCCACAAAAAAGCCAAACAUCAUCGUCAACAACUACAAUCCGGACGUUAUAUUAACCAGUACAAAUUUUCAUCACAAUACCGUACAUCAACACGUUCGAAAUGAUAUAAUUGACGCAACGGCAAAAUCGUCUUAUGAUAGGAAAAUUACGUGCAUGUUGUAUUUGCAAGCUGAUCAUACGUUCUUUCAAAAAAUGGGAUCAGAUGAAGCGAGUAUUGAAGCUAUAACAAGGCACGUGCAACGAGCGAACUUUAUUUAUAAAAAUACAGAUUUCAAUGGAGACGGUAAACCGGAUAAUAUAACGUUUAUGAUAAAACGAAUCAAGGUACAUAACGCGAAUGCUUUGAAAGAUCCUAGCUAUCGUUUUCCUGGAAACUAUGGCGUAGAGAAAUUUUUGGAAUUAUUUUCAGAAGAGGAUUACGAUGCAUUUUGCUUAGCAUAUAUGUUUACAUACCGUGAUUUCGAAAUGGGAACUCUUGGUUUGGCUUGGACGGGAGACUUGAAAAAUGCUGGUGGUGUUUGUGAAAAAAAUGGGCAUUAUCGUGGAUCCCUUAAGUCAUUAAAUACUGGCAUUGUCACCUUAUUAAAUUAUGGAAAACAUGUGCCACCAGCUGUUUCACAUGUCACUCUUGCACACGAAAUAGGCCACAAUUUCGGAUCACCGCACGAUCCCGAACAAUGUACACCGGGCGGAGAGGACGGAAACUACAUCAUGUUUGCGCGGGCCACAUCUGGCGAUAAACGAAAUAAUAACAAGUUUUCGCCAUGUUCGUUGAAAGCAAUCGAACCAGUGCUGAAUGCAAAAGCACGAAGUGCCAAAGGCUGUUUUACCGAACCACAGCAAGCGAUUUGCGGAAAUGGGGUGGUCGAUCCUGGUGAACAAUGCGACUGUGGUUGGGAAGAAGACUGCAAAGACAAAUGCUGCUAUCCAAUGUCUAGACAUCCGAAAUUGGACGAAAAACCUUGUACGUUAACGCCGAGAGCCAAAUGCAGUCCGUCACAAGGUCCAUGCUGUACCAAUGAAUGCGCUCUCAAAUUUGGUGAUAAAUGUCGCGAUGACAAUGGAUGUCGUGAUCCUAGCUAUUGUGAUGGAAAUGCACCAAUGUGUCCUCCAUCAAUCAACAAGGCAAAUAAGACGAUUUGCAAUAAAGAAUUUGUUUGUUACAUGGGUGAGUGUACCGGCUCAAUAUGUUUGGCAUACGGCUUAGAAUCGUGCCAAUGUAUACCGGGGCCAAGCGAUCCGAAAACGAAGGCUUGUGAACUGUGCUGUAAACUGCCGGGCGAAGACAGUCCAUGCAAGAGUUCAUUUGAAUGGAACGAGGUUCCGUUUGAUGUUCCCGAUAUGUUUGCGAAGCCGGGGACUCCGUGCAACGAUUACAAUGGAUACUGUGAUGUAUUCCAAAAGUGCAGGGAAGUGGAUCCGUCUGGUCCGUUGGCCACACUACGCAAGCUGCUGUUGUCCGAAGAGAGUAUAGCAUCGUUUAAGAAAUGGAUGCAAUCGAAUUGGUAUACGGUGGCGUUGGUGGUGGUGGCAGUUAUUGUUCUACUGACCUUAAGCACAAAACUUUUGGGAAAAGGAACGAGCUUGAAGCAGAAAUCUGUUACAAUAAUCCAUAGUGCCACAACGGAAACGGUUCGUCUUCCAGAUGACAAUAAUGGGGUCAUCGUUCACACAGCAAUACGGACAAAAGUUCCAUUCAAGAAGAAAGUUCGAGGCGAGCGUUCCAAUAAAAUUAAAACAAAACCUGCGACUGCAACGAAAUCGGAACCAAAACAAACAAAUCAAAUUCCAGCUACUAGCGCCGUAACUAGCAGCAAAGUGUUCAAACGCCAAACCAGCAACGUAACUGCCACCGGUGACAGUCCGAAAAAGGUGACAAAGAAAAAGAAGAGAGUAUCAGCGCCGGUGGUUGACGAGGAUCAAAACAAAGCACUGACCGAACCAGCGCCGAUCAAAACAAAGAAAUUGAAAAAGACAAAGUCCAAACACAAGGAGAUCAUUGACUACUCGAAACGUUCCGAAAAUCACUCAAAUACGUUUGGCAAGGUGCACAAGUGGUUGCUCGAAUCGCCAAUUGCUUCUCAACCGCUGGCUGAAGUCGAGCACACAUCCAAAGUGCGAAAUAUGAUGAGCAAGUCGCAAUCAACGCCCGAACGACUUGCUCCGCGUUCACCGAAAAAGGUCAAGUCACUGGGCAAUUUAAAUGACAAAGUGAAGCUGCAGGUAGUGUAUAAGCCGCCAUUUAAAUUUAGUCUCAAACUUUCAAAAAAUUCGGCUGUGAAAACGAAAGUCAUUGGAGCAGUAGGACGAAAUAAGCGUAAGGUACGUGCGGAUAAGCAUCGAGAUGUUACAACUGUUGGUGCUGCAGAAGCGCCGAAAAGCAGUAGACGAACGGCUCUGUUGAUUCGAACUGCAAUGGACGUGGAUGAGAGCCACAAUCCGUCAACCUCAACACCGAAGACCAAACAAAACGGCGAAGAUGUGACCGACUCAACGUACGAAACGUUAAAUACGAACGGAAAUGACGGUAACACUGUCGCUCCGGUUUACGAAAAUGUGAUGGUCGGGGCAACGGGUCGCAGUAGUGACGGUAAUGUGGAACCGAUAAAUUCAGCCACAUUUCGCAUUAACAAAAGCGUGAGUGGAUCGAAUCUCAAUAAGCCACAAGUAGUUAGCUCUAAUAGCAAUAGCUCUAAGCCAAAUAAAAGAUCGAAUCAAAUCGCAAACAGUAGCAAAGAGUUUAGGAGUAGUUCAACAAAUUUGUUGGCAUCAGCAGCCAGUUCAUCACAGAAUCUAGUUCGGUCGAGUACAACGAAUUUAGCAAAGAACAAUAGAAGUAGUUUUGAUAUGAAACGAGGCGCUUAUGAUUUAAGUAGAAGUAGCACAACAAAUUUAAGCAAAGAACAUCGUCACGGAUCUCAGUUAAAUCUAUUGAAAUAUCGCGGCGGCUCCAGUAGUAAUUUAACAUUCGACGAUAUCCAACCGCAAAGUCGCAGCCGCAAAAACAGCACCAAUUUAAAAGCGACCGAUUCAUCGUCAAAAACUAACAUUCCGCGAAUACCAAGCAAUUCCAAUCUGAAACUGCCAUCGUUGCACCGGGGCAGCAUAAACAAUAUACCGCGCGCCAGCUUAAAUAUCCAUUCGAAAAUUGCCGGCCCGCCGUAUCAGGGACAAUUUUCGGCCAAGCAAAAUGGAUCGCGUGCCGAUCCGAGUGGUCGACCACACACUACAGACUGCAGCGAAGCGAAACGGUUCGAGUGGCCCGACGGUUUGGAUAAACUUACCAAUACCGAUGUUCCAUCCGAUAUGGAAGUAAUGGUUUCGGAUGUGGAAAAUUUAGUUAAUCAUACAUAGCAAUAGGAGGAGACGUGUGCGCAGUCUGUUCGUAAAUAAAAUGUUGUUAGGUUUUCUUUUUAAGAAUUUCUUCGCUUCUUAGUGUAGCUACGGUCGUUUAAAAAUUUCGAUUUGCCUAGCAAUUUUAUCCCAAUGGAUUGAUGGAAGUAUUCGCGUUGCACAAUGACGUCCGACUGUUGCGCACUGUUUAUGUAGGUUUACGCGCUAUCGUGAUAUAUUUUGCGUGUUAAAUGAAGUGUUGAUGGUCGUUAAACGGUUGCCAAUGGGUAAACAUUGAACUCUAUUUCCUCUCUAUACAUCGUGAGAUGGAUUGUGGGUCAAGAAAAUUUUUCUGUUGUCCAAGUGUAACCUCGCUACGCUCUGGCCAAAAAUGUCACACCUAAAAUGAAAUUUCCAAAUUUUUUCUUCCCUCAGUGAACAAAUAACUAUUGACGACUCGUAGACUAUUUUAGUAAACCCAAAAUAAUAUUCCGCUAGACUAAACAAGACGAGACAAGACAUGCCAGACAAUGACAAAAAAGGUGGGUUCGUAGAGAAACAAUUUGUUGAAAUCUUAGAUGGAAGACAAAACAAAAAACGGAUUUUUUUUUCUUCAGAGAAUUGUAAAUUAUCUCAGAUGGCCCUUCAGACGAACCAUGUUGAUAAAUUCUAUUGUCUGUCAGUCAUUGACAUCAAUUUGCUAAUUAAUUAUUUCCAUUUUGAUGGAAUGGGAUAACGGAUAAUUGUUCUAUAUAUUAUCCAAAUCCAUUAAAUCAUUAACUUGGAAUAAUCAAUUGAUUUUACAGACAAAAGCCGGAGAUGCAAAUUUAUUGGAUUAAUUCGAAUUUAACA